AGUUUAUAGAUCUAGAACCGUGAAAGCUGAUGAAACUGUACCAGCUGGUUCGACGAGCUGUAUUUGCUGGGCUUGCUCAUAAACAUUUACAAGUUAUUAGCCCAACAUCCUUUUGUUUAUUACAAAAGACUACUUACUCAACGUCAUCUGGUUGGGGUUCGAAGAAAUUAAAAUUUCUGCAAUCUCAAAGAACUAGACAACUAGCGAUGUCGGACCCUGCAAUAGAAGCUGUUCUUGCUCCAUACAGAAAAGCUGUGAAAGAGCAGGGUGAUAUUGUAAGACAACUGAAAACUGAUGGAGCUGGUGACAUUGAUUUGCAAAGAGCUGUUGCUGAACUCAAACAUAGGAAGAAAGCUCUUGAAGACAAGGAACUUGAGCUUGCUCCAAAAGAUGACUUUGAUCGAUUAAAAAUGGAGGAUCUGUUAAAACAGAAGUUUUUUUAUGAUCAGUCCUUUGCAAUUUAUGGUGGUGUAAAUGGCUUGUAUGAUUUUGGUCCCAUGGGUUGUGCCAUGAAAGCUAAUUUGCUUCAAGCUUGGAGGAAACAUUUUAUUCUUGAGGAACAAAUGCUUGAGGUGGACACUGCUAUGUUGACACCUGAACCAGUUCUAAAAGCAUCCGGUCAUGUAGACAGGUUUCAAGAUUAUAUGGUGAAAGAUUUAAAAACAGGGGAAUGUUUUAGAGCUGACCAUCUAAUUGAAGCUACCUUUGAGAAAAUGCUGGAGGAUAAAAAGACAUCAGAUGACGUUAAGGAAGAGAUACGUAGGCUUCUACCUUUGAUUGACGGCAUGAGUAAAGAUGAUAUGGGCAAUACUCUUAGAGAGUAUAAAAUGAAAUCACCAAUCACUGGCAAUGAUCUCACAGAACCUAUGGAAUUUAAUUUGAUGUUCGCAACUUCAAUUGGACCAACUGGUCAAAUUAAGGGUUAUCUAAGACCAGAGACAGCCCAGGGUAUUUUUGUUAACUUCAAAAGAUUGCUGGAGUUUAAUCAAGGGAAGCUGCCUUUUGCUGCUGCUCAAAUAGGGAACUCAUUCAGGAAUGAAAUCUCACCCAGAUCUGGGCUUAUUCGUGUUAGGGAGUUUACAAUGGCUGAGAUAGAACAUUUUUGUGAUCCCUUGGACAAAGAUCAUCCAAAGUUCAGUAAUGUUGCCGACCUUGAACUGACUCUCUACUCUGCUUGUAACCAAAUGGAUGGUAAACCCCCUGAGAAAAAAACUAUUGGGGAAGCUGUCAAAACUAAACUGGUUGCCAAUGAGACUCUGGGUUACUUCAUGGCAAGGAUUUUUCUCUUUAUGACAAAGAUGGGUGUGGAUCCAGCUCGUUUGAGAUUCAGACAACAUUUGUCUAACGAGAUGGCUCAUUAUGCUUGUGAUUGUUGGGAUGCAGAGUGUAAAACUUCCUACGGCUGGGUUGAAUGUGUGGGCUGUGCUGAUAGAUCCUGCUAUGAUCUUACACAACAUACCAAAGCUACCAAUGUCAAGCUGGUUGCUGAAAAGCAAUUACCUUCUCCUAUAUCUGUUGAUAUAACUGAAUGUGUGCCCCAAAAAAGUGCUCUUGGCAAAAUCUUCAAACAAGAAGCCAAGUUGAUCACAGACUAUCUGAACAGCAUGUCCUCUGAUGAUAUUACCCUCUUUGAACAAACUUUAAAUGAAAAAGGAUCUGCUGACAUUGUUAUAAAUGGCACCACAUACAACAUCAAUAAAGAAAUGGUCCAAGUGAAAAGAUAUCAGAAAACAGUUCAUGUUGAGGAAAUCGUUCCUUCAGUAAUUGAACCAUCAUUUGGUAUUGGUCGCAUCAUGUAUUCUAUAUUUGAACAUAACUUUAGGAUGAGACCAGGAGAUGAGCAAAGAACAUAUCUGUCACUGCCACCUGCUAUUGCUCCAUACAAAUGUUCUGUCUUGCCAUUGAGCCAGAAUGCUGACUUCACACCAUUUGUGAGCAAACUAUCAUCACAAUUGACCAACCUAGACAUAUCACACAAAGUUGACAACAGCAGUGGCUCCAUUGGCCGGCGUUAUGCCAGAACAGACCAGAUUGCCAUUCCCUAUGGUAUUACUGUUGACUUUGACAGCUUGAAAGAACCACACUCAGCCACGCUCAGGGAGAGAGAAACAAUGAAACAAAUUAGAGCUGACAUCAAUGAGCUGCCCCAGAUAGUGAAAGAUCUGGCAGAUGGUAGACGCACCUGGCAAGAUGUCCUCAACAACUAUCCUCUCUUUGAACAACAAGAAUCUGUCAAAUAAACGACCACCAGUAACCAGUGUUAACUUUUGUACUUAAAUUACCAUAAUGGUCAGUUCUAAUUGUUUUGAUCACAUCUUCACCAUAAGCUAAGGAGGUGACUACAAAAUUAGCUGUGUUCAAUGUUUUUAUUUAAUCAACUGAGUAAAAAUUUAUACUUUCAAGGAAAAGUCCACUUUUAAGAUUAUGAACUGGAAUAGCUCUACGUUACUUUUUCUUUCAAGAGAUAGUAAGCUCAAUUUUAAUAAAAUAUGGUGAUGGUUAGAAUUUUCUAAAAAAAAAAUUGCAGGUGAAGGCAAACUUUUUUUUUUUUGCAUGCACUUAUAUAAGUAUUUUUUUUACUUUUCCAUGAUGGUUUCAAAGUGGUCUGUGAAUUUUUGGCUUCUUUUUUUCUAACUUUUAAAAAUAUUUUGCUCUACACAUAUUUUGACGACACGCUCAAUUCAGCUUGAGCAUUGCCAUAAAAAACUUUUUUCUAUUAAUCUAUAUGUGACGCUAACUGAUAACUAUUUUAUUACAAUUUAGAUUUAACCUUUAAAACUGCCAUCCAUGAUAAUUUAAAUGCUCAAAUAUUUUUAGCAGCCUAUUUUGUUUGAAUGAAAUAAUGUUAAAUAAUUGAUUUAGUGAUACAAUUUAAAUGGAAUUUGAGUUGAAAGGAAUGCAAGUUGUUGCAUUUUGUUUAUUUCCUGUUAAAGUUUUACUGCAUUUAUGUCACAGGUUAGUGAAUGUUAUUUUGUCCAAAUUUCAGCCAGUGUAAAUCUAUUAUUGAAUGUGUUCAAUAAUUGUGUUGAAUCCUACCACUGUGUAAUUCAACUAUAUUGAUAGUGUAUGUAGGCAUGUUCCUCUGAGUGUUUCUGCCCUCUAUGAUACAAUGAAACUACUCUUGAGCUUUCUAUUACUGUAUGAUUGUCAAGAACGAGCUAGUUAAAUGAGAUUUGUGUUGCUAUUUGGGCCUAUCCUGGACAUACUGAGUCCCAUGAAAAGUUUGAUUAUAAGAUGGUAUGUAAAGUCUGUCUAACAUCUUGUUUUUCACCAGCUAUUAUGUAAACACAAAUGAACCAAUGACAGCUUGAUUGUAUCCUCACUGAUUUUCCUUCAUUGCUUUACUAACACAUUGAUGCCAAUUUUGGCAGCACAAUUGUCUUGAACUAUUGAAACACUAACAGCUGUGUAAUACGUUUUUGUUCUUGUAAUUGAUAAUGUUUCUUUAUAUAAAUAAAAUCAUGUAGCAAUAUCUCA